AUGACACCGAAUCCGGUGAGCUUGCCGAGGACUUAUUAUCAAACAUUACUAUCUUCACAGCAAGAUACAAUGGGCUCAAAUCAGUCAAGAAUCGAAAAUGUCAAAGAGAGAUUGAAACCACGAAAGAUACGGAUUUAUCCAACACCUGAAGAAAGAGAAAAACUAAGAAAGUGGAUGGGAACC